CUGGGCUUCCCCGAGCGCUUCCACCCCCCGGAGGGGUGGGCAUCAUUACUUCUUUUUGUGGAUGAGGAAACCAAGGCCCACGGUGGUCAGGUUAAGACUCAAGGUCGCACAGCCAGGAAAUCAAGUUCGAAUCGGGACCCAGGUCUGUGAGAAAUCCGAAGUCGUCCCCUUUCCCCUACAAGCGCUCUCCCCGCGUCUAGAAGCCAGUGCCUCCCCCGACUCCCCAAUCCUCCGAAUCCUCCCCUCUUUCCUAUUCCCCAAACACCGCCAGGGCCGGGGCCAGGGCCAGGGGGCUGGGCCGGGACCUCUUUAUUUUGCUGGGGCGUGUUCUCCGCGGCUCGCCGCACGAAUCUGCCACCGGAGUCCCACUAGGACCUGCGGUUCGUCCACAGACCCGGGCGGACAGGGACAGCGCCCAGGCACCGGUGGGGCGGGUGCGCUGGAGAGCCGGGAGCGCGGAGGCGCGUGGGCUGGAGCGCAGGUCCCCGGAGCAGCCCGGGACCCAGGCGGCGCUCGCCCCGUGCCUGCCGCUCCCGGCCCCCGCCCCCUCGGUGGUGGCUGGCUCUUCGCUUCUCAGGCUCGGAACCCGACACAGUCUCCGCUGCUUCCCGGCGCCGCCGCGCGCUGCGGACUCCCAGAAACAGCCCCGCGGGCCCCCGCCGCCUGUCCCCCGCGCUGGCCCUGAAGGGGCGCAACGCCGUCACCAACCCGGAGGUGCCACCAGCCCGAGGCGAGAGGGGUCCCCGCGCGAUCCGGGACCCUGUCGCAGCUCAUGGUGAGCGUCCCCCAGGGUUUGAGGAUCCCUUAGCCGCGGGUACCCUCGCGCUAGCCCCGGGUGCCGGAUGGGGUCGCCUGGGGGACACAGGGCUGAAGUUGGGAGCGCGCGCAGCUCACCCCUGCUGCGGAGUCCGACAUGCUGCUGCCGGGGAGCAAUAGCACCGCGUGGUUCGGGCAGCAGCAGCCAGCUCCGGGAGGCGCCCUGCGGGGCUCGGGGGCGGCGGCACCGCUGAGGCCCGCGCAGGUGGUCACCGCCUGCCUCCUGACCCUGCUCAUCGUCUGGACCCUGCUGGGCAACGUGCUGGUGUGCGCGGCCAUCGUGCGCAGUCGCCACUUGCGCGCCAAGAUGACCAACGUUUUUAUCGUGUCUCUGGCGCUGUCCGACCUCUUCGUAGCGCUGCUGGUCAUGCCCUGGAAGGCUGUCACUGAGGUGGCCGGUCACUGGCCCUUUGGGGCCUUCUGCAACGUCUGGGUGGCCUUUGACAUCAUGUGCUCCACCGCCUCCAUCCUGAACCUGUGUGUGAUCAGCGUGGACCGCUACUGGGCCAUCUCUAGGCCCUUCCACUACCAGCGCAGAAUGACCCAGCGCGUGGCCUUGGUCAUGGUCAGCCUGGUCUGGACCCUGUCCAUCCUCAUCUCCUUCAUCCCAGUUCAGCUUCACUGGCACAAAGUCAAGACAGGCUCCUGGGGUGAGGUGGACCCGCCAUCCCACCUGGCCAACGGGACGCCCUGGGAGGAAGCGGGGGAGCAGGAGGUGCAGGCAGAGAACUGUGACGCCAGCCUGAACCAGACUUACGCAAUCUCCUCAUCGCUCAUCAGCUUCUACAUCCCCGUGGCCAUUAUGAUCGCGACCUACACACGCAUCUACCGCAUCGCCCAGGUGCAGAUCCGCAGGAUUUCCUCCCUGGAGCGGGCCGCGGAGCACGCGCAGAACUGCCGGAGCCACGCGACCAGUACGCCCGGUGCCAGCCUGCGGGUAUCUAUCAACGCGGAGACCAAGGUCCUUAAGACCCUGUCGGUGAUCAUGGGGGUCUUCGUGUGCUGCUGGCUGCCCUUCUUCAUCCUGAACUGCCUGGUCCCCUUCUGCAGAGGACACUCGGAGGGCCCUCUGUUGAGCUUCCCCUGCGUCAGCGAGACCACCUUCGACGUCUUCGUCUGGUUGGGCUGGGCCAACUCCUCCCUCAACCCCAUCAUCUACGCCUUCAACACUGACUUCCGGGAGGUGUUUGCCCGGCUUCUGGGGUGCAGCCACCUCUGCUCCCGCACCCAGGUGGAGACGGUGAACCUCAGCAUGGAGUUGAUCUCCUCCAACCAGGACACCGUCGCCCACAAGGAGAUGGCAGCUGCCCACAGCCACGUGAUCCCCCAUGCCGUGACCCUGGGGGACAGGGAGGUGGGCGAGGAUGAGGAGGGCCCUCUUGAUCCCACGGCCCAGAUCUCUCAGGCGCACCCAGAUGGUGACCCUGCAGCCAAGUCUGCCUGGGAGCUGGACUGCCCGGGGAGAUUUCAUUGGGCAAAGUAAUGCCUUUUACCCCAAGUGGAUUCCAUUAAACUACAUAAGAAAUGCCCUUCGUGGAUCCACAGAACCGCACCAACAGUGGGAAGCACUCGGAACACGGCCCUGGCCAGACGGCUCGGCCGGUUAGAGCGCCGUCCGAUGGGCCUGGGCCAGGGCGGCAGGUCCCAUUCGGUCAGGGCACGCACAGGAAUGAGCCAAGAAUGCACACGUGUGUGGAGCAGCAAAGCGACACUUCUCUCUCGCAAGUCAAUUUAAAAAACGGUUAAAAAAAAGAAGCGUGUGGAGCACACACACAUGUGUCCCGUGUUGCUCAGUGUGUCAUCUUUCCUCCCCCCACCUGGUGUCGGAGGUUUUGUGCUUAGAAACCUCCCCUGAUUGGUUUGCAGCUGAAGGACUUGGCAGGCGCAGCUGGUAAGAACUCAGGCACAUAUACCUCAGUCUGCCUGUUGCGGACCGAUGGUCCUUUUAGGGGCAGUGUUUGGUUCUUAAAAAAAGAAAGAAGAGUGGGACUUGGUCUUUAAAAAAUAUACUCCUCUAUGCCCUUUUAGGCAAACGGACGGCUUUUUCAGGGACGGGUUCAGGGUGCAGUGCUGAUGGGGCGUGCCGCUGUCCCCAUCUCGCUCCCUGCGGCCUGCGUUUACGUGGCGUCCGCUCUGCGUGCCUUGCCCACAGCUGAGGAAUUCUUCCUGACUCGUUCUGGAGUGUAAUAAACACAAAUUAUGUGUGCAGUGCGGUGGUUAUCUCUGCUUUGCCAGGCCGGCUUUUAGGCUGACUGUUGGAGAAAUCAUGAAGCAUGAUCCUUUCGAGGCUGGGAAGGUGCCCUGGAAACACACGUUUAUUCUCUUGACAGACAGCUGGGCCUUUAAGGUGCACUCUGGGCCGGGGGACCUUGAAGAGCAUCCGCUGUUUCUGAAUGUUUUUUUAUUGGGUACAUACGUCUUGAGUCUCUGUCGAAAGCGGCUUCAGUGCUGUGGCAUCAAACGUGGCCGGGUCCAGCCUGGGCUUCAAGUAUUUUUUUUCUGGCUUGGCAGCUUCUUUUUAAAAUAAUAUAGCGCAGAACAAUUCUUUGAUUCCCACGCAGUUUCCGUCAGUUCCGUGAGAAGAUCAUUUGGAAUAAUAACAAGACCUUUCUCAACCUCGUCUGCAGUGCUUUUGAGUCACGUGGCUUUUAAUUAACCUCGCUUUCUGAAGGACUUGGACAUGUGUGUGCUGAUAAGCUUUGAGAAACGAAACCCAUUUCCAUACUGGAACUUUUGUUUGUAGACAGUGAGAAAUGAGGGGAUGCAUUUUAACUAGAAUGUAGGAGGUAGAGAUGACAAGUGAGUGAACUUAACAUUGGAGACUCUGUUGAGUGAGGUGCUCCCCAAAGCGCCCAGCAAGUUCCAGUCAUUGCCCUCGUCCUCUCUGUAGUCUGCACAGAGCGGGGCACCUUGCCCCAGAACCACACCCGCUGAGCAUGGCUCACGACCAUCGCACCUAAGAGUGAGCACUGUUCAUGGAAGCGGAUGAAAUGUCGGCCGUGGAAUUUCUGACAGUCAGCCCCUGCUUUGGAGCAGGCUCAUCAAGGGCAGUUUGAUCACUCUGGCUCUCUUUUGGGAUAAUUUUAUUGCCGGGCUCUUGAGCAGCCGUGUCCUGUUCACUGGGAAAUGCACGGAGCCCAGCCCCUAGUGCUUAACAAGUAUCUGUUGAGUGAACAGCUGACCGUUUCUUGAAUGGGGAAAUUGAAAGCAAACCCCACUUGGUACCUUAGUUUCUGUAAAUGACUCGGUCAGGCUGAUGGGGAAAUCUGAGGUCUGUGUUCAGUGUUUGACCUCUUGUGACCCGAUAGCUGAGUGGACCAUUAGGGAAACACAGGGCCAGUGACCAGCGCCCCGCUCCACGUUUCAGGAAAUGGCUGUGUGACCUUGAAUGACUCAGUCAGCCUCUCUGGGCCUGCCUGCCUCUGCAAACUGAAAGACUGACCCUGUGCAUUUCCCCCCUUGUGCUUCACUCUGCAGCUGGUAAGGACGGGUCUCGGGUGGCGCAGCAAGCAUGGUGGCUGUUUUCUCCACCGGGCUUCUCGGAGCUUUUCCUUCGCAUUGUAAAACCGCAAACAAUUCUGCAUUGUUUCCCCGAUGGCUUUGACCUUGUGAAUCCUUGUUAAAGGUGGACUUCCUUCUUCCUGGCUCUCAGGAGGCCAUCAUGUCAGGAACACAGCCUGAGAAAUCCCUAUCGAUCAGGAAGUCUCUAAAGUACAGCUAUUCUAGCAAGGCUGUGAGAAGCAAAGUCUUUCGUGGGAAUGUUCUAGACCCCGGUUCAACUAAUUUCUGUGUCAGGAAAGAUGGGUUGUGCGAGGACUUUGGAAACCCCUUCUGCAAAAUACCAUCCUGCAUGGUUACUGACAGCUACUGCGUGCUGGGCGCUCGUCACGUGCUCCGGUGUGUUGGGACUUCUCUUUUCGUGGGUAGACAAGCAGGUGCUGUGCCAUGAGUCUGGGGUGUCACGUCAGGUGGUGACAACUGAGCACCGCUGGCCCUGGAAUAAACCCGGGGCCACACCUGGGCGAGUGCAGUGAUGAAGCCACUAUCUAUUUAGGGUGGUCCAGGAGGGCCUCUCAGACGGGGCGUGUUGAAGAGAGACCCAGAUGAAGAAGCAAGAGUGGGAGCAGAGCUGGUGUCCAGGCAGAGGGAACGGUGUGUGCCAAGGCCUGGGGCGGGACUGGGUUUGGCAUGCCCGGGGGGACGGGGACAAAGGUGGCCUGUGUGGCUGGAGGGCGUUGUGAGGUUGGCGCUGAGACUGCAGGCUCUCCGCAGACCCCUCCUGCGCUGGGUGCUGCUUCCGCGCCAGGUCGCUUAGGUUCGCAGACCUGAACAGACCUGGGUACAGGCACUCUGAUCGCCCCAUCUCACAAGGGGAGGAAACGAAGGCACCAGGGGCUCAGUCACUAACCUGGGGUCACAGAGCUCAUGAGUGGCCGAGCUGGACUUGAACCGGGGCAGCCUGGCCAUGGAGUCUUCAACUGCCCAGCAGUGGUGGAGAUGGGGGCUUCCUGGCACCCCCAGACAGCAAGUGCAGCGUGCCUGGGCCGGAAUGUUCCUCGUUCGAGGGGUAGCUAGCUGGUUGCUGCGGCUUCUACCCACCGGGGAGCCUGCCUUCUCUGCGCACCUGUGCCGGACAUCCCUUCAUGGGGAGCGCAGGCAGCAGAGGGCAGCGGGUGAGAGCCCGUGUCCUGAGCCCUUCCGUGGUGGCCAAGCACUGCCCUGAUUCUUGUGUCCGCACGUCAACCUCAGGUGCCAUUAUUUUUCCAUUUUGCAGAUGAGGACAGUGGGGUUCAGAGAGGGUAGGUGGCUUGUCCAAUGUCACAUCGCUAGGCAGUGGUGGGAGCAGGGUUUACACCUGGGCCGGUGGUUCUCAGUUGGGGUGAUUUUGGCCCCCAGGGGACAGUUGGCCAUUUGGGGUUGUCACAACCGGGUGUAGGACGCUCCUGCCACCUAGUGAGUAGUGGCUGGGGGUGCUGCCAGACGUCCCAUGGUGACCUGAGAUGGCUCGAGCCAGGCCGACAGAGUCCGGGCCCCCGCUGCCUGUCCACAAAGCCACAGUGCCCAGGCUUUGGGACUUCACAGCCCUGAAAGUGAAAACCACGACCAGGUCCCACCUCAUGCCUGUUGACUUGCGGAUGACCCGCCAGGCCAUCAGUAACUGGACAAGCAAGUGCUGGCGAGGACGUGGAGAAAGGGGACCCUUGUGCACUGUUGGUGGAAAUGCAGACCAGGGCAGCCACUGUGGAGAGCAGUGUGGCGUUAACCUCAGAAAAAUUAAACGUGAAACUGCCUUUUGAUGCAGUGAUUCCACUUCUGGAAAUACAUCUGCAAAAUCCCAAAACACUAAUUGGAAAGAACGCGUGCAUCCCUCUGUUCGUCGCAGCAUUUACAAAGCCAAGGUGUGGAUGCAGCCCAAGUGUCCGUCAGCGGAUGAGUGGACAAGAAAGCCGUGGUGUGUUUACACAGUGGAAUAUGACUCGGCCGUAAAAAAGAAGGGACGCUCACCCUUUGUGGCAGCGUGGACGGACGUGGAGAACGUUACGCUGAGUGAAGAAAGCCAGACAGAUAAGACAAGUGCCAUGUGAUUUCACUUAUAUGUGAAAUCUAAUGAACAAAAUGAACUAACAAGCAAAAUAGAGACAGACUCAUGGAUAGAGAGCAGGCUGGCCACUGUUGAGGAGGGUGGUGGUGUGGAAGGAUUGAGCAAAGAGAAAAAAAAGAAGGAAUUCAUGGACACAGACAAGAGUGUGGUAUUUGCUGAGGGGGUGGGGGAGGAGGAGGAGGGUGGGGAGGGAUAGAUGGUGGUGCACAGAGACUUGACCUGAGGGAGCGAACACAGUGUACGGACACGUGUUGUGGGAUUGUGCACCUGAAACCUGCGUGACUCUGGGAACCAGUAAGAAACACACUGCACAGCCCUGAGUUCACAGCUCAACCCUCCCACCCCCUGGAGUUGGUGGAAUUUGGCCGCCGCUCUUGCUGCAGUUUCUUCAGCUGAGAUGCACACCCCAACCCCACAGGUUUGGGUAAAGAUUAAAAAUGAAUGUAAC